UCACACUAGCCCGCCAUCAAAAGAGGGAGUUGAAGCUGAUUUACCUAUAAUAAUUUUAAUAAUACCUCUUAUCCUUACUAGGCUAUAACAUUUUAAGAAUAUGAAUUUUGAUGACAUAAAUAUACCAGCAAAACUGGUGCCUGACAACUAUUUACAGUUAGGUUUGUCAGCCCAACGCGCCAAGCAGCGCAGCUUUAAGGAGCUAUUGGAAAAGAGGAAACUACCGUUAAACGGCUGGCCCGAUGAACAAAUCGAGGAGCUGGUGCAUCAUUUAGCGUCUUUGGACAGCAACAACUUUCCUCACAAACUUGGACUUGGAGAACGGGAGGCGCGGAUAGCCUGCAGACUCGUGGCCCGACGUCACUACAAUUUUGGACACGGCAUCGGUCGCUCUGGGGAUUUGUUGGAGGCACAGCCUAAGGCGGCAGGCUCGACGUUGCUCGCUCGCCUCACAAACGCGUUGAUCCUCGACUUUAUGAAGACCGUGGGACAACUGCCCAGUUGUGCCGGAUGUUUUCUGGUUCCAAUUUGCACCGGUAUGACCUUAAGCCUGUGUCUUCAGAGCCUUCGAAAGCAGCGGCCCAGGGCGAGGUAUGUUUUAUGGUCACGAAUCGAUCAAAAGUCCUGCUUCAAAGCAAUUACGACUGCAGGGCUAGAACCAGUGAUUAUUCCUUGCCAGGUGGUGCAAGGAGAAUCUCUGCACACAGACAUCGAGUCGUUCCGGGAAAAGAUCGAGGCGCUCGGAUCUGAGAGUAUCCUUUGCCUGUAUACCACCACCAGUUGCUUUGCACCCCGUAAUAGCGACAAUAUUGUUGAGGUGGCCAAGCUAUCCAAGCAAUGGCAAAUACCACAUCUAGUGAACAAUGCCUACGGACUGCAGGCACCAGACAUCUCUCGUCAGUUGGAAAGAUCCCAUCGAGUGGGAAGAAUAGAUUACUUUGUACAGAGCAGCGACAAGAAUCUACUGGUGCCGGUGGGAGGAGCUAUUGUAGCCAGUUUUGAGGAGAAUGUGCUGCAUAAUGUGGCCAGCACUUAUGCGGGCAGAGCAAGUGGGUCCCAGGCCCUCGACGUCUUCAUGACAUUGCUUUCCCUUGGCAGCAGCGGUUUUCAAUCGCUCAUUAAGCAAAGGAGCUACAACUUCAUUUACCUUAAAGAAAAACUACAAAAAUUCGCUGAGAGUCGUAAUGAAAUUGUGAUUGAUAGCAGAGACAACUCUAUAUCCUUGGCCAUUACCUUAAGCACUCUCGACAAAGCGGGUCAGAACAGCGACAUCAGUAGACUGGGAGCCAUGUUGCAAACACGUGGGGUUUCCGGAGCGAGAGUGAUAACAUCUGGCCAAAACAAAACCAUCGAUGGUUACGAGUUUCAGGGUUUUGGUUCACAUCGAAAUGAUCUUAAAGUCUCCUAUUUAACCGUAGCGGCAGCCAUGGGAACAACUAUAGAAGAGAUCGACAAGUUCUUUGGUGUCUUGGACAAGUGCUGGCAGCAAUUAAGUCAAAAGCGAAAUCGUGAACCAUAAUAAGUUCUAAGAACUGUAAAUAUAUUAAAUGAAACACAUGAAAAGCUGAUCAAUUUUCAAAUGCGUUGAAUAUUUUAGCAAAUAUUUAAGAAUGCCAAAAAUUCAAAAAGUUUUUCUACGUCCACUUAGUAACGAUAAGCACCUAAAAUUAUGCACACUGAAUCCCCGACAGCUUAGAAGUUACAAAUAUUAGAAAAUCAAAAUAAUUUUAUAUUGAAGAAAACAUUUGAAAGAAUUAAAU